UGUAAAGAGAGGGUUGUUUGCCCUUAAAUGAAAUCAGGACUAAUGCUUGCCCGGGUUGUUUGUCAUGAUUCCUUUACUUUUUCAAUGCUUGUAUAUACUAGAGACUCACUCAUAAUUUCAAGUUGCUAUAUAUUUUAUUCAUCACAUUCCAUAGAUUAUCUUCUAAUCUAUUUGUUCAUCGCUGGUUCAGAUUACUUUGUUUUCGUUGAUACAUCUGGGUCCUGUUCUUCGUUGCAAGUAAUUGGUCAAUGUUAGUUUUGUGUAUUCCUCCAGACUUUAGGUUCCUACCGAGAGGAAUGACAACGAGCUUGAUCAAGUUCUUGUCACAUUACAACAUACCGUCUCGAAAGGCCAAGAUUUUGGAGUAAUCAUUUUUUAAUAUUUGAAGGUCAUACAAGUGAUACAAUCUACACUCGCUCAUGCUUAAGAACUGCCUUACGUCCCUGUCGAACUGUUUAGCGUUAAAUACAGAGCACCACUGUUUAUAAGUCUCCUUCAGAAAACUUUAGAAGUUGUACUCGUGUCUUGCUCUUCCUCGCCUAGCUUGAUUAGAUGACAGUCUAGUUCAGUGUCGAACUCCUAUUUAAGGUCGUCACAGAAGUACUGCAACUACCGCUAAAAUGUUUACUUUCAAAUUAACUUGUAUAGCUUUAUUUACUGUAACAUAUAAUAUUAUCUUCUAAAUAUAGCUCUCGGAACAGCCGUGGUUGUGUCAGAUUACGAAACCUAAUGGAACCAUCUAUUUUCCCGUAGUUUAUCUUAUUCAGACCGUUUAUCAAGACUAGCUUAAAGACUAGAUUUAUCUUCACCAUUAACCUUUGGAACUUAAUUGAUAUUCCGGAUUUGCAACAACAUCAUAUAUGGUAGCGUAAUCAUAAGAAAAGAUAUUGUUCAUCUUAACGUAUGUGGAUAAUUGGUGGGAUGCAUAGUUUAAGUUUGCCAUUCUCCGUCUAUAUGUCAGUUUGAUUGACGAAAAUAAGACAUUUAGUUUAAGAAUGUUGGUUUUAAGCAUUGGCCUAACCGAUCACAAAAAGGAACGCCAUAAAGGAGAGAUGGGUGAUGGCUAGCAGUGGGAUCCAGAACUCCCGUUUCGUUCUGUCUGGAAGAUUUAAGCUACCAACACAGGUCUAAUACUUAAUAUUUUAAGAAGUAAAUAAAGAAUCAGUCCUGGCCGUAAGAUUUGAAUAUCAAAUGGGUUUUACUAGUUUUUUGAGAUCAUAUUUUAGAGCCGCUUCUUGCUUGAACUGUCAAACGUAAAAAAGUUUUGUAUCGUUAUAUAUUUUCCAAGAACAUGUUUGCUACUAAAUUCGCAAUUUAUCCACCUUAGUUCUUCUUAACACUAGUCUGAUUGUUUAGCGCUUCUGUCUGUGUGUUGUUCGAUACACAGUAGCUUUGCAAUUGUUUCUCUAACUAAAUAUAGUGUACCAUUCUUUCGUCUAGUCAUAGUAAUUACGACAUAAGUUCAAAUAGGUUAUAUGAAGAAGCUCAGAAACCAUGACGCCUGUUAUUCAGAGUACGUCUAUCAAUACUAGAAUAUGCAACUCUCGUUUGAAACAGUGACAGUUUUGGUCACUUUUAAGUGUUAAGUCAAAGAAAGUUUCAUUGAAUCUGAUAGCAUGUUUCUCGUUUAAACAUAAUAUCUCAGCGAUUACUUUCAUCUCAUGUUCUGCACUUACACUGAGUGAUUUAAUUGUCAGAACUUACACCAUAAAUAACCUAUUGUGUUCCUCGAAACUCCAAAACUAGUCAUUUCUCUGUAUCGAAUUUCCAGUAAAGUGUUAUAUGUGUGUAUAUAUGGAAGCCAGAUGCAUGAUGUCAAAUCAUAGUUUGCAUCACUUGGCGGUCCUAGUUAGACAGUUGUUGAAAAUCAGGGAACUCUGGAUAACUGUUGAAUCUUAGUAUACAAACCAAUAGGUGGUGUGUCGGUAAUUAAACAGGCUAGGCACUUGCUGUAUGACCUGAGGGUCCUAGGUUUGACCCUCGGUGGGGUCACGGAUCUUCACGGCUGAAGCGUCACGUGCUAAGGCUAAAUAUCUGUCCAGUGCUCCAUGGUUUUCAUCGGUUACUUGAAGUCAGCCCGUGUUGUAAACUGUUGAAUUCAGAAUUUUCCACAAAAUGCUCUAUUAAUAUAUUACUUCUUGAGGGUCUGGGUGUAUCUAGACAUGAUGUGAAUGCCAGAUAGUCACGUGUUGUCUAAAGAUGAGAUGUUAUAUGAAAAUCUCCUACUAAUACUACGAGAGUGUGUCAGAAGGUAUAUAUAUGUAUAUAUAUAUAUAUAUAUAUAUAUAUAUAUAUACUGAUAAUUUAAGUUUAUUACAUCGUUUGCACAUUAUGCUUUAUUACUUGUUUUAGUUUCCCUCCUUGAAUAAUUAUUUUGGCAUACCAUAAGUAACAUAUUUUAUAACCGAUCCAGACCGCAAAGCACAACAUUUCCCAUUACUUAUUUCGUUCAGUUCCAUGUUGUAUAGUAAUACUAAAUUUUAGGUUUUGGAACUUAUUUCCAGAUUGUUGCCUUACUAAGCGGCAAUUAGCUACCCUUGAUAGUUCACAUUUAAUUGACUUCUGCCUAAAUAUGUGUAUUUUCACAUCCAUGCUUCUCCGUCGAUUUAGCAACGUAAAAUUCACACUUAUCGUAACAUGUCAUGUUUCCUCAUGUAGUUCAUCUGUAUUACCUAAUGAAGUAUUUUAUUCGUUCUUUGAUUUUGUUAUCUUAAAUUUUAGAUUCUUACCUGAUCUCAGCAGAUUUUUCAUCUCAAUUCUCCUCUCUUUGGUUGAAUUCUGGCUAGUAGUUCAAUACAAUGUUGCAUCUCAUUUUGUUAAUUAUAUGCUUUAUAGAAAAAUCAGAUUCUGCGAAAUUCAGUUUAUCCGUAAUCCCAGCAAACCAACCAGUACUUAUUGGUCAAAAAGUAAUUUUGAGGUGUCAGAUACAAGUAAUACGACUUUCAACAAAAUAUGCAAUGUUAUUUCGGCAUGAAGAAAACUUAAUCUCAGAGAAGUGUUUCGUGUACGAAGCACAAAAGUAUCACCUAAUAUGUGAGCCAGAUGAUUGGCAAAGAGCCGAAACUUAUGAAUUACAUAUUAAAUCGGUUUCUUGGGCAGAUCGUGGUAAUUGGUCGUGUACUUAUGCAGCAAAUAAAACCAUACAAACUCUUGAAGUAUAUGCACCAGCUAAAUUGGAAAAGAUGGGUGUUUCAAGUUUAACAUCACUGCCUGUGACAAACAAAGAAAGUAUGAUCAAAGACUCCAGUUCACCUUCAGAAUUAUCAUCUUCAUCGUCUUUGGCUACGGCUGGAUUGGAUUCAGCUUUAUCUAUCAUUGGCACACCACCUAGUCAACAUAUCGGCUUAGGCACUCGGACUAAUCCGUAUGAUUUACGUUCAGGACUAGGAAUUCAGCUUACUUGUGAAACAACUUGUGGACAUCCUCGAGCCAAUAUAACUUGGCUAGUCAUGAAUGAGACAAUGACUAAAGCAAUUAUGCCCACGAAUCCAAAUAAAAUUCAUGAAAAUGUUUGUAGUAAUUCACCAAAUACAAUUGGUAUGACAACUACUAAGUCAACUUUACAUGUUCAUUGCUCACAAUUAGAUAUUAUUGGUUUAAAUCAAGUUCAAUGUUCAGUGAAUGGACCACAAUAUAAAGAUACUUUAUUGACACGAAAUGUUUAUAUAUUAUGUGCUGAUAAAAAUGAAUUAGAAAAUUUAAAACAACCGCAAAAACAUCAAAUAACUACAAAUGAAAUCAAGCAAGAACGUGUACGGCGACGUGGUGAAAGACCGAUGCGCUUAACAAGUGGUGAAGUUGUCGGCAUAGCUGUUGGUUCAGCAUUAGGUUUAAUUUUAGUAUUUAUUGGUUGUAUUAUUUUGCGUAAUAAUGGGAAAUCAUCUCCUUUACCAUUUCAUGGUCAUAUACCCGGUCAACGUGUAUAGGAAAACAAGAAUUCUUUUUUUUCUCUCUCUCUGAUUAUUAUAUCUGUUCUCAUUGUUUAUAUUGUACAAUUUUGUCAUUUUUUCUCUACAUACUACUGAUAAUGAUAAUCAUAGUAGUAAUAGUAGUAUUUUGUAUUGAUUGCAUUUACAACAAUGCAUUCCCAUAAUUCAAUUGUUUUCUUCUUCUUUUUUUUAUUUAUUUAUUUUCCAAGUUCAUAUUAGCAUAAAUUUCAGUUUUGAUCAUUUUCAUAUUAUAAGUGGGUCUAUAUUUGUUUGCUUUUUAAGCAUAUAUUGCUUUAAUAAUUAUUUGUAUUGCAUUUUCGUGUUUUUUUAACACAUAUCAUUUUAUUCUAAAGUCAAUUAAUUUCUAGUUACUUAUCUUCUCAUUUAUUAUUUCUAGUUUUAUGCAUUUUUAUCUGCGAUAAAAUGUUUUUAUAUAUUACGACUACUACUAAUAAUAAUAAUAGUAAUAUUAUUAUUAUUAUUGUGUACUCGUUAUGCUGAUUCUAAAGUCAAUGAAAUUUGUAUUGUCAUGAUUUUUCCGCUUGAUAUCAGUUUUUCUACAUAACAAUUAACUAAAGGGAGGCAAACAUAAAACUUUGCAAAGUAUUUACUGUAAACGGAAUCUCUGGUAGAGAUAAUAAUAAUAAAUGAUUAAAUGUACGUUUUGUGACAUCAUCUAGGAAUCAAUAUCGAUUAUUCAGCAUAUUAGGAUCUCAACUUUUUUUUCUACUGGUAUUACAUUUGAACAUGUCAAUAUUGAUACUUGAACAAAUUGAAUUGUCCUUUUCUGGGUUACUGUUUUACUUUGUAUUUUUCUUUCAAAUGAUGUAAAUAGGUAAUAAUUUUUUUGUUUUUUUUUCACUCUUUAUUGCGUAUGUAUGUAUGCUUUUGAUACUUUUGAAAUUUAUAUUCAUUCGUGUUCUAUUAUCCUAUAAAAUUCUGUUUCAUAAGCUGUUUUAUUCGAAUUAAAACUUAUUAUUUCCAUUCCUCAAUGUUCUAUGAAAAUUUUAUUGGAAGGAAAAUUAUCCGUGGAACAGAAAUUUUGCUGAACUAGUAAUCAGUUUUUGUAUUCAUAUUGAUAAUCUGUUGUUGUGUUCCGCUAUCCGAUCCAGUUAUAAUAUAAAGUACCUAUGGUAAAUCAAACUCACCAGACAAAUGAAGAAACUAAAGUAAGUUAGAAACUAUGAUUACUAAAUCGAAUUAUAAUGGACUCAAAGUAUAAGUAUAUUUACAUUUCUUCUUCUGAUUUAGACAGGACACGUAGGCUCGGUCAUUGACCAAGGUAUAAUAUACUUCUUUCCAUA